UUUCUGAAGUUAUUGUUGGAUCGUUUAUCGAUAUCAUCAACACAUUGCGAGCGAGCAUUUCAUGUCAUCCUGAUGACGUUCGUCGCGAAAGAGGUUUCUUGAUCCUCUCGUCGGAAGAUCAGUCCCUCGAUCGUAACGAAUCCGAGGCUCAUCGUCAAAUGAUGCCGAAUAAUGCGGUAACUGUACAUUCAAGAGGGAAGGAGAAGUGAUCCGAAUAUCGGGUCUACCGAGGGAUACAGUGAAGUGAAAUUGAAAUAGAGUGAGAGCGCGACUCUUCCUGGCGUAGGCUACGUCGUCACCGUCGGCAAGAUUCUGUCUCCCAGGUAUCGGGCGAGUCCUGGGGUGGCGACAGAGGCACCUGCAGGUGCCCGUAGCCCGAAGGAACCACCUGUGUCCACCGUGAUGACGGUCCAUCAUCAGCAGAACCACCACGUGGCCGCUCUCAGUGGCGUCGCCGUGGCCAAUAACGGUCUGAAUCUCAGCAGGAUGUCUGGUCUAGAGGCACAUCGGUUGGAGAACAUCGUCGAUCGGAACGGCGUGGAACGUCUCUCGAACGGGCUGGACUCGCGAAGCAACAAUUUGAACAAUAAUAAUGGGCUUGAGAGGGGCGAUGCUUCGACGACGAUGCCGCAGAGAUCGAGGUUCAUGAUCACUGAUAUUUUGGGCGGCGCGUCCAGUAAAAUGCACCAGUCGGGGCUGUCUAGCCAGGAGCCACCCGGAAGUCCACCUUCGACGCCGCGGGACCUCAGUGUCAGGCAUCAGUCCAGAACGUCCUUGAGCAACAGUAAUCUAGACGAGGACAGCGACGCCAGCCACCACGACGGCGCUUCCGUUACAUCCAAUGGUGGCAAAGAGGAUGAUCCUAAAAGCUCGUCCUCGAGUUCCUUGGGUUCCGCGCAGAGUAAGAAGCAGCGUAAGGCGCGCACAGCUUUCACGGAUCACCAGCUUCAGACUCUCGAGAAGAGUUUUGAGCGGCAAAAGUACCUUAGCGUGCAGGACAGGAUGGAGCUGGCGGCGAAACUGCAGCUGACGGACACGCAAGUGAAAACGUGGUACCAAAACAGAAGAACGAAAUGGAAACGACAAACGAUCGUGGGUUUCGAGAUUAUGGCCGAAAACAAUUUCGCCGUAGCCGCCUUUCAGCAGCUUUACAGCAGCGGCGCCGCGACCAUACCCGCGCAUCCUGCCGCCGGACGCUACUGGCAGUAUCCCAGCGCGCACGCGUUACCCACGAACGGAUUUUUCUAUCAGCAAACGUCAGCGGCGGCGGCGACUCUGCAGAAGCCGCUUCCCUAUCGUAUAUAUCCACCCAUGAUCCUGGCGGGGCCGAGCAAUCCCCUCGGCUCCUUGACUGCGAGCUCCAGCCUGUCGACCCUCAGCAACUACUACAGAGACAGUCCGGAAAUACCCGACGCCCCCCGUGAGUCCUCGAGGAAGAGGGACAGGAGCAAGAGCCCGGAAUCGAGGGACAGGUCGCCGACCAGGAAGCCGACGAGACUGUAUCCGUUGCCGAUGAUGCAGGCGGGUCCUAGCAAUCCUCUCGGCACGCUAACGGCGACUUCCAAUCUCUCCAACAUGAACAGCUACUACAGAGGCAGUCCGGAGCUGAUGGAAGGAAGGGAGAGCAUGGACAGGUCGAGGAGGCAGGAGAGGAGCAAGAGCCCGGACUCCAGGGACAGGUCACCCCUGAGAAAGGACGUCAGAGCUUAUCCCCCGACGAUGAUCCAGGCGGGCCCUAGCAACCCUCUCGGGUCCCACGCGGCCGGCUCGAAUCUACCGAAUCUGAAUAACUAUUACAGAGACAGUCCGGAGAUAGUGGACGGGCGAGAAGGUAUAAACCGGACGCGACAGCGUGACAGAAGCCAGAGUCAAGAGAGAUCGCCCGUGCAAAGGGAGGACAGUCCUCGGAGCGUAAGGGCUGACAGCGAUGAGGAGAGCAUACACGAUAUCUAGGACAUGGAGAUUCCUGGUAUCGCCGGCGGUACAUCGGCCGGGACGUUGUAUGGCCACGACGAGAAGGAUGAAUUGGAAAACGAAGUGCUAUGUGAAACGGAGUGAUUUCCUUACGACGGGAACUCACUCGGGAAUAAGUGGACGAACGGUCGUCGAAACGGUCGGUGAACGAAGAUUCGAUUCUCGACAAUGAAAAAAAUGACACAGAGUUAACCAAGGGAAACGCGAUUUGAAAAUGCCCUUGCGUGAGCAUCCGGCAGCUACUGAAAAAACGUAACGGGCAAGCUUGAAGGGACUGACCGAUGCGAUAACUCAUUACUGAAGAAACUGACGCGGAUAAUUAAAAGCAAAUUCACUUAGCUAGCAUUUAUCAGUCAAUUCCGAACGAGAUAACGAAGUCGCUCAAAUUUCAGCAGCUAUUGCAUUAACAGUUUCAUAAAUAAACAAGUCGGUUCCUGUAUGGGGAAUUUUUGUCGGGAGAUCGAUCGAUAACAUUUAUGUAAUCCUGGAGAAGGAACGAGCUCUGUAUAUAUAUCCUUGAGAACUUGCAUCCGAUCCAUCCGACUCAUGCAGCUAC